UCAAGAGUAUGUGUUAAUAAUUCCAAUUUACAUAAAUUCACGCCUCUAUGAACUCAUUCGCGUUGUCCAAAGGUUAUUUUGGCAUGCGUGGCGUGCAUGACCGAUUUCAGUCUGUUCGGAAGUGACGACGUGGAUAGAUUUGUGACUAAGCCUGAGGGCAAAAAUAUUGGAGACCAUAGACGACUGGUAACGUUGCGGAGAAAGACACCCAGACUUGGAUCAACUUUGUGGAGAACGGAGAAGAGAAGUUGAAACCAAGCCUAAGUGGUGGAGGCCUGAUCUGACCCUGCCUACUCCAACCCCUCCUACUGCCAGAUUUGUGAGCCUUUGUUGGCUUCCUGUCUGAGAGGGAAAAAUCAAGGAGGAACAUUUCUACAAAUGAAGAGCUGAAGUCUUCACAUAGGAAACAAGUUCAAACUGAAUAUCUGGAAAAGUGCAUUAUUUUAUUGAUUUGUUUUUGACUUGAGCUAAAUACUUGGACGCUAUACACUGGGAUCAGUUGGGACUUACUUACUGUACCUUUUAGACUAGUGGUGUUUCAACAUGGCGAAGAAAAACAGCCAGAAGGAUACCUCUGGUAUGGUGUUUGACACAAACUUGAAAAUGGUUAUGUCCCAGGGAGGGACUUUUGAGAGAAUGAAGGAGAAGAUCAGUGCUGUCAGGGCCGUUGUUCCCAACAAAAGCAACAAUGAGAUAGUUCUGGUCUUGCAGCACUUUGAGAACUGCGUCGAUAAGGCCGUCCAGGCUUUCCUAGAAGGUAGUGCUGUGGAAAUCUUGAAGGAGUGGAAUGUAACUGGUAAAAAGAAGCCCAAGAAGAAAAAGAAGCCCAAGCCCCAGCCAGAGCCAGAGCCUCUGGCAGAGGAGCCUGCUCUAGCCGAGACCAUGCAGCCCUCUGAGACUGAGAGUAAGGAAGCUGUGAAUGGGUUCCAUGCCAAUGGCUCCGUGUUGGACGGAGACUCACUAGACUCUCUGAGUGAGCAGUUGGAUUCUGCUUCCUUGGACGCAGCCGAGUUGGAUUCUGAACCUGCCACGUCGGACAUUACAGGUGCGGAAGCAGACUCUCUUUGUAGUGGCCCAAGCCCCACCCCUCACCAUGCUCAAGGAGGAAGGAAUCACCAGCCUCCCCGUGGCAACAAGUUCCGUUCCAGAACUAACUCCCAGCCAUCCACUUCCUCUGUGCUCACCACUGACGAGAACCAACAGGGAUCCUCUGGAGCCAAGAAGAUUGCGCCCAACAUUGACCGCUCUGUGAAGGACCUGCAGAGAUGCACAGUGUCGCUCACUCGCUACAGAGUGGUGGUCAAGGAUGAGAUGGACUCCUCUAUCAAGACCAUGAAGCAAACAUUUGCUGAGCUCCAGAGCUGCCUGAUGGACAGAGAGGUUACUCUGUUGACAGAGAUGGACAAAGUCAAAGCAGAAGCCAUGGCCAUUUUGGAUGGCCGUCAAAAGAGAGCAGAGGAGCUCCGCAGGCUGACUGACCAAUCGGCAUCCAUGUCUGAGGACCAGCUGAGUGAGCUGCGUGCUGACAUAAAGCACUUUGUGAGUGAGCGUAAAUUUGAUGAAGACCUGGGAAAAGCUGUGAAGUUCACUUUCGAGCUAGAACCACUGAAGACAAGCAUCACAGGAUUUGGAUCAGUGUACCACCCUCAGACGGGUUACUCCAGCCGCUCCCGCUGUAGCUCCACCACCUCCUCCAUCACAGGCCCAGGGUCCGUAGAAACCCCACCUCCCUCCAGCUACGAAGGACGCCCUACCCAGCCAAACAAAACGACUUUCCUAGGCAACAGGCGUUACACGGCGGGUCCAGGGUACCACGCCGGUGGGCAGCGGUAUAAUGGCGGCUCCUAUCGUGACAGGAACCCCAAUCGUGGAGGCUACCGUUCCCAGGGCUACCAGGGCCAAGGCGAUGGCCCCAGCCAUCCUACUGCCACACAAUCCUCCAACUCCACAAGAGCUCCUUCCAACUCCGCUCCAUCCUCUUCUUACCGUCAAGACCACCCUUCUCAUAACGGUCUGCCCCAAAGGCCUCCGCGGACACACUGCCCCUGACACUGGAAUUACCUGGCCCAUUUGUCAUACCCCCUACUAACCCUGGCAUUCCACCCUCAAUACCCUGCCCCUUCCACCCCACUAACUCCUCUCAAUGAAGAAUAGAAUACAAGUUUACAUAUUUUUGUCAAUUGAGCUGUAGUGCCACCCAUAGGCAACCAUUCAUCCUCCUAACUUGAAAAUUAGCUACCCAUGUUCUGCCACUUUCUCCAUACUUUAGAAUUAGCUAUUAAGACCUAUUUUCUCAUGCCUGUUGAUAUAGCAGCUACCCAGGUCCCCUUUUGUGAGUCUGUGAUUUAAUAUUUGCUAUUUGAGGCCAGUGUUAUCUGGUGAUGCGUUUAUAUGCAUUUUGUAGCAUUUUUAUUUGAUCUGUUUUUGUUCUCGAGCAUCAAAUUAAUUUUAUUUUGCUUUAGGUUGCAAGUUUUUUGCAGUCUAUCAAACCAUUUCAGUUCCUUAUUUUAGACGAUACAUGACACCCUUACAAUGGUUUCACAAGUAUGUAUGGGAGAUUGUCAUCAAUGGCAUAGAAUCAACACUACAUAAUUGUAUCUUAUUAUUUUAGAGCUUCCCAUAUAUGCUGGUUGCUCCUGUAAAUAAUAUGUACUCAUUGAAAUGUAUGAUGAAUAUGUUGUUAAUCAGAACUAGCAGGUGAACCAGAGCGGUAAUCACGUCGGUUGUUGCCUGAUAGCAGUUUAUUCCCUCCCUCACAUGUAAAUUCAGAAUCUUUUUAGUGGAUAGUUUUUCUGUUCUCCCUAUUGUUAUUGUAUAAUCCAAGGAGAGGGCUCCUUUCUUUUUAAAAUUAUAAUUUUUUUUUUAUACAUACAUCCUUUAUUAUGUGGGACUCCACUUCUCAAAUCUCAGGUAUGAGAAAGGAACCUACACUCCCCUUCACAUAUGGUCUGAAUUAGGACUUCCUUUUGUUAGUACAUCUAUUCUGCUGUUAUUUGGUCUUCUCAUUCUUUCCUUAUGUUUAGUGUGUGUCAGACAGGACCAUAAACCGCAUACACUUCACAUGCUCGUAUCACAUUGCAACUUCCUUUGCCUUUCUAGAAAUGCAAAGAUGCUCGCAUCACAAACACUGUUAAGCGCACACUCUUCUGAUCUUUUACAUUACUGAGAAGUGAGCUGUAGGAACGUUGUCCUUUGAUACGUUCACUUUCCUCUUAAUUAUACCCUAGAGAAGAGAAAAAAAAUUGGAUGAAAUUUGUCUAUGCUGUUUCGGUCUUAUUUUGAACAUGUUUUAUGGCUGCUGAGUUGGGACAAAUUGAUAUGGUAAUGCCAGGAUUUAAUAUUAGUUUUAAUGUCUACAAUAACUGAACAAAAAUUUGGAGAAAUACCUCAUUGUUGCCCCUUGUACACUGCUUGGUAGCAUAAUGUUGCUUUUGGGACUUUGCUUUACAGAGGUCUGAAUGCUCUUUUGAAAUGGGGCUUGGAAUGGCUUACCAUUUGGCGAAAGCAGAGUCGUCUCAUGUCAAGCUGCAAGGCAUGUGUAUAAGAGCAUACAAACUAGCUGUUUCCUCUGUGUACCAAAGGGUCAUACUGAUGAGUAGAAUAAUUGAGAGAAACUUAGACUAACUGCCCCCCCCAGGUACUUAGGUCUUCUUAUAGGAGUGUAGUUUGGUCAUGAGAAAAAUAACUUAAUUUUGGGUUUUGUUAUAUUGCACAUCAAUGUAAAGAUUGUGGUUCUGGUUUGUUCAGUGGUUUACAAAGUAUUCUGUGGAAGUGUAGAGUAUACAGUAGGGCAGAUCACUUGGCAUGUAUCAGCAACUGUGCUUGAGCAGGUAAGGCUUGGUAGCCAACACCAAGAUCUUCCAGCCUUCAGCAAAUCUUUCCUCAUCUCAGAUCUGCACUGUAAAUAUAGUCUCAGUAAUCAUAAUGCACAGUAGUGGAGAUGCAUGCAUUACAGUACAAAGCAUUAUAUCUCCACAACACUGCUAGUUGUUACCUUUUGGUGCUGUGCAUGUUGAGGUUUGAUUUUAAUAGCUGAACUGAUUCUGCAUAGGGAAUGAAUGAUGCCGGUCUCAAUCGCUCUUUUACCAAAUGUAUGUAAAGUCACAUUCACAGCAUUCCAAACUAUCUGGAUAGGUUAUCGCCAAAGAGAUCAUGUUGUCUUGUUCGAGUUGCUGCCUUUUUUUCUUACUCUGCUUAUAAAAAAAAUAUGAUUGUUUUACAAUGGGAUAAUCUAUUCUAGGUUGAGUAACAUUGUUUCUUUUACAUUUUUUCUUUCCUGAAUCUUUACUGUAUAUAUGUAGCUAUAAUUUAGUUGUGCUCACAUGGUGCAUUUUGUAUGUUAUAUACAUAUUGAGCAUAUGGUUUACCUAUGACAACUGUAAACUUAAGUGCCUUCUCUUGUUUCCCUCAAAUUCAUUCACUACCCCCCUUCCCUACCACUACCACCCAGUAUGGACCAAAGACAUCUGCCCUCCACAUCCAUUCCAAUACAAGCGCCUCUUGUAUACACGGCCCUCCCCAUCCAUUCCAAUAGAAGCACCCCCCCCCAAUACACAGAAAGGCACACUUUUCCUUUACUAUUAAACGAUUGUUUGCAAUA